AGAGAGCCCGCACAUGAGCAGGGGAGAGGGGCAGAGGGAGAGAGAAUUUUAAGCAGGUUCCACGCUCAGUGCAGAGUCCGACGUGGGGCUCAAUCUCAUGACCCUGGGAUCAUGACCUGAGCUGAAAUCGAGUUGGACCCUCAACUGACUGCCACCCAGUUGGUCAUAAUGGCAGGUGAAGAAAUUAAUGAAGACUACCCAGUAGAAAUUCAUGAGUAUUUAUCAACAUUUGAAAAUUCCAUUGGUGCUGUGGAUGAGAUGCUGAAGACCAUGAUGUCUGUUUCUAGAAAUGAGUUGUUGCAGAAGUUGGACCCCCUUGAACAAGCAAAAGUGGAUUUAGUUUCUGCUUACACGUUAAAUUCAAUGUUUUGGGUUUAUUUGGCAACUCAGGGAGUUAAUCCUAAGGAACAUCCAGUAAAGCAGGAAUUGGAAAGAAUCAGAGUAUACAUGAACAGAGUCAAGGAAAUAACAGACAAGAAAAAGGCCGGCAAGCUGGACAGAGGUGCAGCUUCAAGAUUUGUGAAAAAUGCCCUUUGGGAACCAAAACCUAAAAAUGCAUCCAAAGUUGCCAAUAAAGGAAAAAGUAAAAAUUAGCCUUUUAGUUUUGAUGUACACCUAUUGAAAAAGUACAUCAUUUUUAUUGUUUUCCACAAAAUAGAUGAUUAUGUGGCAAUACAAGGUUUAAAUGUAUUCCUUAUUGAAUUCAUAUAUAAAAUUUACAUUUUAAAUUUGUAAUGCUAAAUAUUUUUUCCCCAGAAAGAUUGUUAUCUUUAUUGAUUUUCCUAUAGACCACUAUGAGAUUUUUAACACUGUGGUAUAUUUUAUAUUUAUAGUUUAUCAUCUUUCUUGACAAGACUCUUAUUUCCCUAUACAGGUCAAUCUUUCAAGUGCCAUUUUAUAAGCAACUAUGAAAUUUAAGUUAAAUGUUUUUUGUAAACAUUUGUCUAUUUUAAAUGAAUAAUGACUUUAUGAAGUAUGCUAUCUGAAGGCUGAAGUUAUAAAUACAUCUGUUUUCACUAAUAUUAAGAGAAUGAAAUGACUUAAAUGUCCAUUUUUUUCUAUGUUGUUACUUCAUGUUUUCAUGAUUUUGGGAAUUACUAUUUUCUUUUGAUAUUUGAAGUGUGAAAUUAAGACUUUAAGGUUAUAUUUUUAUUCUUGGCAAUUUGCCUCUAUGUCCCAUUUAAGGUAAAAUAUAUUCUCAUUAACUUCAGAUGGGAAAUGAGGUUGUAUAUUGAUGGCUGAAUUUUGGCAUAAUAGCUAUAUCCUAUCAAUAAAGGCUGUAAAGUUUGUAUAGCUGACUGUUUAUUUUUCUCUUCUGUAUAAAUUUGCCCUUGAAAUUAGGAAGAUAGGUUUUAGAAAUCAUUAGGAAUAAAUUCAUGAGUUUUUGUUCCUUCUGCAUUAUGGCCAUAGUUCUCUUGAUCUCACUUUUUCAGAUUUUUGGAUUACAUGUUUUUGAGGUGAUAUCAAGUACAUACAAGUAUUUUGAAACAACUUCCUAUGUUAUAUAAUGCCACUUAAGGGGAAGAGAAAUCCAGAAGAGAUUAUAUUGUGUUUAUAUCCUGAUUUAUUUUUCUGGAAUAUUUGUCACAGAGAAUUAUAUGUAUUAAAUUUUUUUUAAUGUCUAAGUCCUUGAACUUUAAUUAUAUGCUCUUAAUGCUUUCAGUCUUUGAGUCCACAUCAUUAUGUAUAGGAAUGCUAAGUACAGUAAAGUACUUUAAUUUUUGAAAAAGAAGUUGUUAAAAUUUUCUGUGUGAUUAAUUCUCCAUAAGUAACCUUGAAUAAAUGGAUUUCUUGAUUUAUGGUAUAAGAUAUUGGAAACGGUCUUAAAAUGUAAUGGAUUUUGUAAAGCAUGUUGAACUCUUUCUAUGACACAUGAAGAGGAAGUCACUGAUAGAUGCAGAGUCUUUUGGCUCAGUUGUCAGACAGUUUUUGAAGUGGAAGAACAUUUAUAGUUAUUUCAUUCCUUCUUUCACCUUCAUCCUCUCAAAUUUUGAGCUUUUUUGAAAAGUAACUUCUUCAUGACAGAAAUAAAUGUUCUUAUGAUCACGUGUAA